GUGCUUCCCGCCGGGUCACGCCGAUCCCGCCGCGAUGUCGGGCCGCGGGCUGGAACCCGACAGCGGAGCAGAGUCCCUUUCUUCAGAUGAAAAAGAGGUGACAGCCAGCAGCACAGGGGAAGAGGGCUCAGCCGAGGAGCACCCAGCAGGAGAGGACGGUUCCGAAAGCAGCUCCAGCAGUAGCUCAGAAGAGGAUUCAGAUUCGGAGGAGUCGGAUGGCAGAAGGUUGGGUGAGGAAGAGGAGGAGAAGGAAUCACUGCCGUGCUGCAAUGAAUCAGUAGGAGUGACCAGCCUGCCACCUUGUGAGCACUGCAGAAAUGAAAAUGAGCAGAAGGAGCUAGUGACCCCCAGGAGAUUUGCUGGAGGACAACAUGUGGUGCAGCUGGAGGCUGAGGGGAUGUACCAGUGCAGCCUCACAGGCUUGAUUUUUGAGGUGUCUGGGGCUGUGAAAAUCACCUAUUCCCUCUUAUCCUGGAGCAAAUACGCCGGGCUGGUGAAGAAGCCAUGGAUUGUGGGGGGCCCCCUCUUUGACCUGCAUUGUGAUUCCAUCUCCUCCCUCACCUCCAUCCACUUCCCCCACUCCCUCUGCCUGGGAGGUCAGGGAGGUGGCAUGGCCUUCAAGGUGUUUCACCUCAAAGGGGAGAAGGUGGCCAUGGAACCCUCUGUGGAGUACUCAGCCUCCCAUGUCAAGUGGCUGGUGAGCUCCUUGUCACCCGUGGGACCUCUGAUCCAGGGCUUGGAGCCCCUCUGCCACCACGGUGCUGUCAUCCUCUACAAAGCUGUUGAUGAGCAUCCCUCCUUGUCCUUUCGGGUCUACGUGGCCACAAACAAUGACUCCUUAAUCAAGGAUAUCAUAAGAGAUGUAAAACACUCAAAUAAGAAAUUAAUUAAAAUUGACAAGCCCCCUGCAUGCCAGAAAUUACUGCAGGAAGGAAAGAGAUAUAGAUUAGUUUGUGAGCCAGAAGCUGAAGUGACUCCUGAGGAAAUGGAAUUUGUGGAUGGAUCCCUCCUGAAACUCAAGAAUUACAUCGAAGUCUACUUGGAGAAACCUGAGGACUUCACCAUGUCCUUGGUUGAGCUGGACUCUGAGGAGACUGUGUGGAAAGCAAAGCUGAGAGAGAGGGACUGGAUCCGUUAUGACCAGAACAAAAACGAGCAGAAAAGGAGCACGGGCAGUGUCAAAAAAAGGAAACCAAGCUCUGGCAUUUUGGAAGAAGGUGUUCUCUGCAGCAAGAAACAAAAGACCAACAGUUCUGCAGGUGGGUUGGGACCCAAGAACUUGACUGACCAGCAGCUGAUGGUGAUUGCAAAGCUCUUUGGAAGGCAGUGGAGGGAGAUUGCCAUUGAGUGUCUGCAGGUGGAGAUGAAGGAGAUCGAGCAGAUCCAGGCAGAAGAGGAAGAUGUCAACAUCCAGAAAUUCCUGGUGCUCAGCAAGUGGAGGGAGAGGGAGCAAAGCAACGGGACAGCAGCAGCUCUGCACAGCAGCCUCCAGCAAGCAGCUUCCUAUGAGAUCCUGCAGACCCUGCGAGAUUUCUCAGCUCGAUGCUGACGGAGCCGUGGGUGCAAGGAGGGAACCUCCCCAGGGACCUCUCCAGGAUUUGGGAAGGAGGAUGCAAGGCAUCAUCUCUCAGCAGGAAGUUUGGGCAAGGAUCUUGGCAAGAAAUGUGAAUGAAAUCUGGUGCAGAGGAGACUUUUCAUCUUCACCUGGUGUGGAUCUUCUGGGGAUCACAGCUGGGAAUGCUGAGCUUCCCUAUGGGAAAACCCAACACUGCCCCAAUGGCUUUGUCUUGUUUGAGCCAGUCCUAAAAGACUUAAACUCUGGGAAAAACCACUUGAGCUUCUUCAGGUAUCAAAAUUGGUGUCUGGGAAUGGUUUUAGUUGCAUCAGGGAAAGAAAAGGAGAAAAGUUACUCAGCAACUUUUGUCCCUCCCCUCCCCCAGAAUCCCAAACUGUGGAAAUCAUGAGGUACGUGGGAUUUCUUCAUGGAUGCCCCAAAUCAGGGAAGAAUAAUCCUGCACUUGCAGAUGAAUCUCUUUGUGUAAUCACUGUAUAUAUCCAUAAUUACUGUAUAUAUCCAUAAUUACUGUAUAUACUCCUGCACACUCAGGCCUUGUGAAGCUGUUACCCAAACCAGCUGCUUUCACAGGAUCACCUCUACUAACUCCAGGCAGCUUUGACUUUUCCCUAGGAACUUUUCCUUCCCUCUUUUCUGUACAGUCUGUCUCAGUUUUUUAUGAGAUUUAUUUUUUUUUUUUACAUUUUUUGUUGAUGGUUUUUAGGUUUCUUUUGUACUAUAAACUUUUGAUACUUUUUUCACGUGGUGGAUUUUAACUGGAAUUAGAAUUAGGUGCUGAAGGGAAAAGGAAAGAAGGCAAAAAAAAAAAUAAAAAAAAAUCUCUGUGGUGUUGUUACCCUGUCAGGGACACGUGUGCUGCAGGGAUGGAAAAGAUCUGGAAAUAAUGUGAUUUGCAGAAGAGAUGUCUGAGAUUGCCUUGCUUAAAGAGAAGGGAUUCCUUUGAGCAUCUUCCUCUGCGUAUGCUUAUGAAAGCAAAAACCAUACUUUUUAAAAAAAAUAAGGAUUAAAAAGGAAACAUUGAAG